CCUGCAGCGGGCGUGAUGAGUUCAGGUACUUCCCUCUUUUUGCCGAGACGUGGGGCGUCAACAAAAUGGAGCCGACCCUACCUGGCUGAGGGAAAUAGUGUGUUAAAUUCACCGUGAAGUUGUUUUGUUGACAUGUUUUCAUUGAGAAACGAGAGAAGACCUCGGUUGAAGAUGUUUUGGACGAUAAUGAUCGCCGCCGCUCUGGCAACAGACUUGGCCAUGGCCGUGUCGGUCAGCUCUCCUGUCAAGAGGUACGUGGUCAUCCUCUUCCAGCCUGUCACCCUCACCUGCAACUUCCAGACCACCGCCACGCAGCCUCCCGUGGUCACGUGGCGCUACAAGUCGUACUGCCGCGACCCCGUCCAGGCGGCGCUCAACCCCAGCAGCGCCGACAACAUCCUGUCGCAGAACAACCCCAACUAUGAUCCCAACAUCGAGUGCGCAGACAGCCAGCGCACGGUGCGCAUCGUGGCGUCCAAGCAAGGCAACGCCGUUACCCUCGGUGGCGAGUACCAGGGCCGCAAGAUCAGCGUCAUAAACAACGCCGACCUGAACAUUGCACAGACGGCGUGGGGAGACAGCGGCGUCUACGUGUGCUCCGUCAUAUCGUCCCAGGACCUCACUGGCAACGGAGAAGACUACACGGAGCUGAUUGUUUUGGAGAGAAAGUCAAAUGCUACUGACCUGCUGCCUGGCAUUGACUUACUGGUUAUGGAAGAUUGGCUGCUGGUGGUUGUGGUGGUGCUGGGCUUCCUGUUGCUGCUGCUGCUGAUUGGCAUCUGCUGGUGCCAGUGUUGUCCUCACACAUGCUGCUGCUACAUCAGCUGCCCCUGCUGCCCCGACCGAUGCUGCUGCCCAAGGGCGCUCUACGAAGCAGGGAAAGCUGUGAAGAAAGGCGUAGCCAACCAGUACGCUUCCACCCUCUACGCUCCCAGUAUGUACGCCCAGCCGGCGUACGCUGGCCAGCUCAUGAACCAGCCCGCCAUGCCGCUGCUUCCUCUCCCUAAAGGAGUGGGAGUCCCGCCCUCCCAUAAUGGUUAUGGUCGCGAAUACGAUGGCUCCAGCUCUGUGGGUCAGGGCUCGCAGGUGCCUUUGCUGCACGACCAAGAUGGUGGUGGCGGCGACCACACUCGGAGUGGAUAUCGCAUCCAGGUGGACCCUGACGGGACCGCCACCCGCGCUAUCUAUUACAUGGAGCGAGAACUCGCCAACCUGGACCCAGCCAGACCUGCUAACUACAAUCGCUUGGACAACGUGAGCGAGGUCACGUCGCUGCACGACAGCGUUGACCCGCGAGGCCGUGGUGGUCGCUCCCAGCCGCCGCCGCUAGCCACCGUCUACGACGAGGACGAAGCCAUGAGCACCAUCAGCAGCGUGUCGCAGCACGUCCACCGCCGUGACGACCCCCCGCGCCGGGGCUACAUGGGGGAACGUGUGCGCGCCCGCUCCAUGGACAACCUGGAUGACAUUGGACGCCGCUACGGGCGUGACGACUAUCCGCCUCACCGCCGCCCAGAUGAGCCCAGAGGAAGGCGAGGCUCCGAUGACGGGUGGAGCAGCAGUGGCCACACCGGCUACGACCGAAACUUUGAUGACCGCAGACGCCGUGACUAUUCCCCUGAUGACCGGCGAAGAGGAGGAGGGGGAGGAUACGGUGCCCUGCCAGGGAGGCGCAGCCGCAGUCGUGAUGACCUGAUGGACCUGGAGAGGGAGCGUCGGCCGGGCGGCGGACGCGAUAGGCGAGACGACUACGACGACAGCUUCCUGCGAGAGGCCAUGGAGAGGAAGAGGCUCGGCGAGCAGCAGAGGGCCCGCAGCCGCGACCGACUGGACAGCGAGGAGGCGGGCAGGGUACCGCGCGGACCCCCGCCCCUACCUCUCAACCCCCCCUCCGGACCCAGUAGUCACUUGCAGCCUCUGCCGCCGCCGUACAGUGACGAUGAGAGCGUGACAUCGUCGAAGAAAAGCAACCUGCGCAAGAAUGGAGCCGUCAGCCGCGAGAGCCUUGUGGUGUAAAGCCGACCACAACGGGACGCACUGCUGCAACUCGGUACCCCCCCACCAAAAAAAGCUAAAUAUUAAGAUUGUACAGUUUUUCAAAUAUCCUCCUAAUUUGUUGUGCUGAUUUUUUAAACUCUUCAUUUAAUUACAAUUGAAUCCAAACAUGUAAGUCGUGUGUGCGUGCGUGUGUGCGUGCGUGCGUGCGUGCGAGCGAGUGUGUGUUGCAAAUGUUUUUGUGCAUUUGUAUGUAUCAAACAUUGUGGCUGCCACAAGUGCCUUCAGACUGUACAGAACAUGAUGUGUAGAUGUUUUACUUUCACUUAUGUAGUAGAUGAUGUACAAGUAUGGGGGUGUGGGGGGGUCAGAGGGUGUACUUUGUGUGAGUGUGUUUAGUAACAGAAAACUUUGCUACUUUUUACAUCAUUUUUUUUUUUUUUUUUACCAAUGUUAACAAUGUAUUGCACAGCCGACAAGAUGCCGACAAGAUGACGCAACUAUGAAAACGUCUGUGGUGACAUUAUCAACUUUUACAAUAAAGCUCUACCCUGCUUGG